AUGAAUAACAAUUUAGAAAAUAACAAUUCUUUCAAAGAAAAUGAUAAUUCUUUCGAGGAAAAAAAUAAAAUAAAUACAGUUUCAAAUUCAGCUUUAAAUAAUUCAGAAUAUCCGAUUGAUAAUUUAUCAUCAUCUGAUGAUGAUGUCGGUGGAAGUGACAAUGUAACAGCUAUUGUCAAUCACAACACUUUUAGAUCAAACUUAAAUCAAUUACACAAUUAUGAAACAAUAGUUAAUGACGAUGUAGAUUCCAUACUACAUUAUGAAGACAUCAAUGAUGAAAAAUUGUCAGAGAUGUUUGAAGAUUUUUUGGAUGAAUUAAAUAUACAAGAUUCUUCCAGAGAAAAAUUAUUACAACUUUCAAUGGAUCAGCAUUUAAAGCAAUCACCACAAUUAAGAACAUCUCCUGAUGUCGAAUCCAGUAACAAUUCAAAACAAAGUCAAAUAUAUGAUUCAGAAGUUGCAUCUAUCACCAGUGUAUCAAGUGAUAAUAAUAAUAAUAACAAUAACAAUAAUAAUGCUUUUUCAUUGACUUAUUGGCUUUAUAGAAACAACAACAACCAUGAUAAUGACAAUAAUAAAAAUAUUGCAACAAAUGGUUCUUUGGAAGAAAGAAGCCAAUCACCAAUAAACAAUACUACUACUACCACCACUAAUAAUAAUAACAAUAACAAUAAUUAUAAUAAUUAUCUUUCAUAUCUAUUGGGAUUUAGUAACAACAAUAGUAAUAGUAAUUUAUCAAAGCCUCAAGACUUGCCUGAAUUUUAUAUUGAAAAAUUAUCACAAAGAAACAUUUCGUCAAAAUCCUUAACAGAACAUCUAUUAUCUUUACGAAUAGUGUUAUCGUCUGCUAAUUUUCCAUGGAUUAAAGAAUUUAUUGACAAGAAUGGAUUAAAAGUUCUGGAAUCUUUGCUUGAAAAAUAUUCUGCUUGCUAUAAAAAGAAUGCUGUGGCGAAGCAUUCAGACCAAGAUUAUCAAAUUCAAUCGCAGUGUGUUCGUUGUAUAAAGGCUUUAAUGAAUUCAAAAAUUGGUAGAUGUAAUGUUUUAAAAUCACCUUCAUUAAUCUUGAAUAUUGUUUUUUGUUUAUUAUUUACACCAAACAACAAAUUACGUACUCAAGUUGCUGAGAUUCUUGCUGUAUUGUGUGUAUGGUCAUUGGAUGGACAUAGAUUGGUAGUUGAGUCAUUCUCUGAUUCUUGUGUGAUCAAUAAGGAGAAAUAUCGUUUUCAAUAUUUUAUGGACACUUUCAAAACAAAAGGUGAUGCUGAUGGUGAGGAGGAGGAUAGUACAUCGAUUGAGUAUAAGGUGGCUGGUUUGAGUUUAGUGAAUGCUAUUGUUAAUAAACCAGAUCAAAUUGAAGAACGUAUCUUGUUACGUGAAGAAUUUGGAAGAAGAGGAAUCUACAAUUAUUUUACAAUUAUCGAAAAUUCUGACCCUCCUGAUUCUCUGAUAAAUCAAAUUGAUGUCUAUAGAGAAGAGAACAAAAAAGAUUUGGCUGAAUUGCACAACAUGGCCCAUGGAAUAGUUGAAAAUGCAAAUAAUCCACCAUAUAUGAUCUAUGAAUUAUUACGACAAACUGAAAACGAUGAGAAUUUGCACUCCCGUAUCAUUGAUUCUCUUGAAAACUUUUUGAAAAUUAUUUGCAGAUUUUCAAAUGAGCAAGACAGAAUCGAAGUAUUAACUAUCGUUGAAAAAUUUAUUGAAAAAAUAAAAACUACAAAUAAUCACAUAAUAGGCAGAAAAUAUUCAUUGGUCAGUGGAAUGAUAACCGAUCAAGAAAUUGAUUCACUAAAAAAAUCAAUAAAUAACUUGAACCUAAAGAUUAAACAACAAUCAGAGAUGCAAUUUAAAGUUCACAGACCACCACCCCCGCCACCCCCGCCACUAACUCAACUGCAACCAGCACCACCUAAAUUAUUAGAAAAAAACAAUCAAGAUAUCAAAAUUAACAUAUUACAACAAAAACCAUCAUUGCCAUCGACAACAAAAAAGACUGAUGCCAGUCCCAUUCUCAUAACAAAUAAUAAUUCCUCAACUCCUCACCUUUCCUCUUCAAAAUUACAAAAUUCUACCACAAAAAUAAAUAAACCACCUCCGCCAAUACCACUACCAAAAAGAAAAUUAACCAAUACUACUUUACCCAAAAUAGAUGAUUUUGAUGUUUCUCAUUUACACACUCCUUUAUCUAAAUUUUCUUCAAAACCAAAAGGACCAUUAAAACAAUUAUUUUGGAAUAAAUUUUCAGUAAAUGAGAUUAACAAAACAGUAUGGCAAGAAAUUCCUAGUGAUAAUAUUCCAAUUAAUUUUGAAGAAUUGGAUGAAUUGUUUGGUCAAAGAAUUAUUGUUGAACAAGAUCAAACAUCAUCAUUAGCAAUGGCAUCAACAUCACCUACAACAAAAACAAAAAAGAAUGCAGCUAUCACACUAUUAGAUUUUAAACAAAAUUUAAUCAAUCAAUAUACUGGUGAUUUGUUGGCACUUGGUAAUGCAGAAAACUAUUUCAAGAAUAUUAUAAUGAUUCCGAGGCUAGCUGAACGAUUAACUUGCAUGAUAUUUAGGCGUAAAUUUGAAAAUAAAGUACAAAAACUUGUACCUAAAAUUAAUGUGCUACGUAAAGCAUUUACCGAAAUAAAAACAUCAAGAAAAUUCAAAAAAUUACUAAAGACCGUAUUGGUAAUUGGUAAUUAUUUAAAUACCUCGUCAUUUCGAGGUAAUGCAUCAGGAUUUCAAUUAGAUGCACUUUUAAAGAUGAAAGACACAAAAGUAAUGGAUAUUAAUAAUGAAAAAGGAAUAGCUACACUUUUACAUUAUUUAGUGUAUACAUUAGAAAUGUAUCAAAAUGACAUUAUGAAUUUUAUGGAAGAAUUACCAAAUUUGGAAGCAUCAGUCAGAAUUUCCACAACUUCUGUUUUAUCAUCUGUGAAGUCAUUGUUCUCGGGCAUUUCACGGAUCGAAAACGAAUUAGGAAUUCUAAAGCAAUUACCUCUUCUUUCUUCUACAACUAAUUCGGAAAUUAAGGAUAAUUUUAUAAUAGUUAUGAGCGAAUUUAUUCAAAUUGCACGACCAACAAUUGAAAAAAUUAAAAAUAUGACAAAUGAGUUAGAAGAAGAGUCAAAAAAAAUAUUGAUUUAUUAUUAUGGAGAAAAUCCAGAUGAUAAGAAAGUCGAAGAUUUAUUAGGAUUAAUUUUAACAUUUUCAUCUUCAUUUAUGGCGAAAGAUGAUCAAUCAAAACAACAGUUUGAUACAUUGAGUAUAAAUUCUUUGAAUGAUGAACAAGAUAAUUUCGAUGAUACUAUCAAGGAAUUAUUGUCUGGAAAUACUUGGAGAAGACGUUCAAGAA